AUGAAGCCUUAUUGUGUGGUUUUUGUGGUAUUGUGCGCUGCUGGCAUGGGUAUGGCCCGGCCAGAGCCCCCUCGUGAUAGUUAUUCAGCUCCACCACCCAGCAGCUAUUCGCCUAGUGUGCCAAGCGGCGGUUAUGGUGCUCCUGCACCCGUCUAUGGACCACCUCAACAAGCGCCUGUGAUACACAAACAUGUCUAUGUCCAUGUUCCACCACCAGAGCCAGAGUAUCAAGCACCUAGAAAACCAAUUAUGGUGCCUCCUCCACAAAAGCACUAUAAGAUUGUCUUCAUUAAAGCGCCAUCACCACCCGCACCCACUGCACCCAUCAUUCCAGCCUUCCCACAAAACGAGGAGAAGACUUUGGUCUAUGUGUUGGUCAAGAAGCCAGAGGAGCAGCCCGAUAUUGUUAUUCCAACACCGGCACCAACACAACCCAGCAAACCCGAAGUCUAUUUCAUUCGUUACAAGACCCAGAAGGAAGAAACUGGACCAUAUCCCAACAGUAUUGCUCCAGCACCAUCUGGCGAUUAUGGGGCACCUUCAGCACCCUCGGCGCCAAGUUCUUCAUAUGGAGCUCCCUCACAUUAA